UACCUUCUCCUUUUAAACUCGCUGCGUUAUGCGCACACUCCGACGCAAGUCACCAUGAAACCCUCGCUCGCGCCUCUCCCUCCGCCCUAUUCCUCCCUCUCUUCUCCGGCGGCGGCGGCGGCGGCGGCGGCGGCACCCUCCGCCGUCGCCGUCGAGUCCCCAUCCUUCACCCAACCCUACUACCCCCACCUCCGCCCCCACCACGCGGCGGCGCCGGCGCAGCCGCCGCCGAUGGUCCACGCCGACCCCGAGAUGCAGAGGAUCAGCACCCUCUUCGUCGCGGGGCUCCCCGACGACGUGAAGCCCCGCGAGAUCCACAACCUCUUCCGUCGCCGCCGCGGCUUCGACUCGUGCCAGCUCGAGUACACCGGCCGUGGGAACCAGGUGGAAAAGUUAUUUGAGUUCUUGAUGGCUUCCAAGUUGGAUUGUUUCUGGAAGGUUAUUGCCUUUGCAACAUUCUUCACUCAUCACGCAGCAAUGGCAGCAAUGGACGCCUUAAAUGGAGUGGUUUUUGAUCCGGAGACUGGAUCUACCCUUCAUAUUGAGCUAGCUAGAUCAAAUUCUCGGAAGCGUCCUCAGGGGGGUGGAGCCUACAUCGUGAUUGACAAGAGAGUCAAAGCAAAAAAGGAUGACCAAGAUGAAUCAAGUAAUGAUGGAGAUGUUGGAUCUGGCGAAUCAUCUGACACCGAAAAUGAUAAUUCCAGCAACAAGGGUGCUUUGUCUCCGGAAAAGAGUAGUACAGAUAGGGCUAAGCAGGAUCAUGAGCGGGCCACUGCCAAGGAGAAGUCAGAAAAACCGUCGACUGCGGAUAUUCCACCUUGUUCUACUCUAUUUAUUGCAAAUCUAGGAACUACUUGCACUAAAGAAGAAUUGGAGGAAGUUCUCACAAAGCACUCUGGAUAUUACAUGCUUAAAAUGCGCAGAAGAGGUGGGAUGCCUGUUGCUUUUGCUGAUUUUGAGGAUGUUGAAUCCUCUUCUGCAGCUAUGAAAAGUCUUCAAGGCACUCUCCUGCCUACAUCUGAUCGUGGUGGCUUGCAUUUGGAAUAUGCAAGAUCUAAAAUGAGAAUAUAAGCCAACAUCGCUGUCGAAGGCUCCUCUUCAUUCAUCGCCGGUGAUUUGUGCAUAAGGGAGCCGUAAACUGUUUAAUUUACACUCCUUUAGAUUUUUCAUUUUACGAUGAGAAGUAUUGUUAAUUACAAAACAGCUCCUAAUAUGUGUGGAUUUGUCUUUUGAGGUACUGUGUAAAGAUAUCAGUGAAGGAAAUUGUCUUAUCUUAUCAAUAGUUAGCUUCAAGUUCCUGACGUGAUAUUUUUAUUUUCAUUUUUGAGAAGUUAAAAAAUUUGGUUGUGCCAA